CAGAGACUGCGGACACAGUACAGGAGAUGACCAGAGACUGCGGACACAGUACAGGGAUGACCAGUGACUGCGGACAGUACAGGGAUGACCAGAGACUGCGGACAAGUACAGGAGAUGACCAGAGACUGCGGACAGUACAGGGAUGACCAGAGACUGCGGACAUAGUACAGGAUGACGAGAGACUGCGGACAUAGUACAGUAAUGACCAGAGACUGCGGACACAGUACAGGGAUGACCAGAGACUGCGGACAUAGUACAGGGAUGACCAGAGACUGCGGACACAGUACAGGGAUGAUGACCAGAGACUGC